AUGGAUACAGGAGUUAUCCAUAGAGACGGCUCCACCCCUAAUGAGUUCAAAGAUAAACCAGUCCGGGUCGAACUCCUUCGAUUAGUACACCGCAGUGCUAAGCUACCUGUUAACGAUGAGUUAUGGACGGAAGGCGGAGUUGAGCUCAGACAUAUCAUCAGACACUGCACGAAUGAUAACACUGGUGCGACUAAGUACAUAGUACGGUGGUGUACAGGGGAUCCCACAUGGGAGACGGAAGAGGCCUUUGACGAUCACAACAACAUUGCCGCCUACCAUAAGGCAGCGCAGACACGUACGCGCAAGCGCCAACGCGCUCAAAUAUAA